AUGCGGAGCUGGAAUUUGCCAUCCAACCCAAUACAACAGGCAAGCAGCUCUUUGAUCAGUGUGUUAGAACAGCACAAACUGACAAAAGAACAAUGGGAAGAGCGAAUACAAAACUGGCAUGAAGAGCACAGGGGAAUGUUAAGGGAAGAUUCUAUGAUGGAAUACCUUAAGAUAGCACAAGAUUUGGAAAUGUAUGGAGUCAACUAUUUUGAAAUAAAGAAUAAAAAAGGAACUGAGUUGUGGUUAGGAGUUGAUGCAUUGGGUCUGAAUAUUUAUGAACAUGAUGAUAAGCUGACACCCAAGAUUGGUUUUCCUUGGAGUGAAAUAAGAAACAUCUCUUUCAAUGACAAGAAGUUUGUAAUAAAGCCAAUUGACAAAAAGGCCCCUGAUUUUGUUUUUUAUGCACCUCGUCUGAGAAUUAACAAGCGUAUUUUGGCACUGUGUAUGGGAAAUCAUGAAUUGUACAUGAGGAGGCGGAAACCUGAUACAAUUGAAGUGCAACAGAUGAAGGCCCAAGCUAGAGAGGAGAAACAUCAGAAACAAUUGGAAAGGGCACAGCUUGAAAAUGAGAAGAAGAAAAGGGAGAUUGCAGAAAAGGAAAAGGAAAGAAUAGAACGUGAAAAGGAAGAAUUAAUGGAACGCUUAAGACAAAUUGAGGAACAAACAAUGAAAGCUCAGAAAGAGCUGGAGGAACAGACCAGAAGAGCUCUAGAACUGGAUCAGGAGAGAAAACGAGCGAAAGAAGAAGCAGAGCGCCUGGAAAAGGAACGCCGAGCAGCUGAGGAAGCUAAAGCUGCUCUAGCCAAACAGGCAGCUGAUCAAAUGAAGAACCAGGAGCAGCUAGCAGCAGAACUUGCUGAAUUCACUGCCAAGAUUGCACUUCUGGAGGAGGCCAAGAAAAAAAAAGAGGAGGAGGCCUCAGAAUGGCAGCACAAAGCUUUUGCAGCCCAGGAGGACUUAGAAAAGACCAAAGAAGAACUGAAAUCUGUGAUGUCUGCUCCUCCUCCGCCUCCUCCCCCACCAGUUAUUCCUCCAACAGAGAAUGAACACGAUGAACAUGAUGAAAACAAUGCUGAAGCCAGUGCAGAACUGUCUUCUGAUGGUGUCAUGAAUCACAGGAGUGAGGAGGAACGGGUAACAGAAACACAGAAAAAUGAACGUGUUAAGAAACAGCUCCAGGCUUUAAGUUCUGAGUUGGCCCAAGCCAGAGAUGAAACCAAGAAAACACAAAAUGAUGUCCUUCAUGCUGAGAAUGUUAAAGCAGGCCGUGAUAAGUACAAGACUCUUCGACAAAUCCGACAAGGCAAUACAAAGCAGCGUAUUGAUGAGUUUGAAGCAAUGUGAGAGCUGUUAUUUUGCAUAUAUGUUCCUCAUAAAGCUGAACCACCAACAGAGAAAAAAGCAGGCCUUUGCAGAUUUGAUGGAUUGCACCCCACUUUGCCAAAGCACUUAAUACCAGUUUGACUACAGAGGUUAAAGACAAAUCUGGGGGAAGCUAUUCAACAGUAAGGCAGUCUGUCAUCCCUAGCUUUGCAGGGGGAGGGUGUGGAGAAUAAUAGCAAUUUUUUUUCCCUAUCAUGUCUUCAGAUUUGUUGCUUUGUAGUUUUUUUUCUUUGAAAACUGAUGUGAAGUGUACGAUGAUUGACAAGUGUACAGAUUGCUGAAACAUUAACAAAGAAUAAAGGAGCUGAACCGAAACUGGAUAGGUACUAUUUCAGGAUGAUGAGGUUUAACAUUAAACUUUUCAACGUAGCUGCACCAUGAGGAGUUUGAUAUCACUGACUUUCAGUUUCUUUUAUUUUUUCCCUCCCGAAUGAAAUUCUUCGGUGUUUCAUGUCCUGUCAUCAUUGAUGGUUUUCUUUGCCUACCUGUUCACAAAGGUCUGGAUGGCAGGUGGUGGUUCCAGAUGUUUUUCUAAAUGGAACGCUACCUGUAGGCAGCACACGGCUGCUGAUAGGCUGGAAUAUGUAUUGCUUUUCCCUAGGUGAUUUUUUUUUUUUUAGAUGCACAAAGUGUUUAAAUGCAACCAAAUGCAAAAACAACAACAAAAAGCUUUGUAUGCUAUUUGCUUGUAAUUAUUUUAUUUGCAGUAGGGAGACCCUGGACCUUUCUGGCAAGGGAGCAUAUGAAAACAUCAGUCCCAGGGAGGGGACAGUAUCCUACCUCACUACUACAUACAUGAUGACUGGUCCUUCAAACACCAUGAAAAAGCUCUGUCACUGUGUAAUAAUAUCAUCAGUGCUAGGAGCCCUUGCUCCUAGGGUUUUCUUUGACAUGGAGAUGGAUUUGUAGUGCUAAAUGCUGUUUAACUGCCUUUUGUUGAGUUUAAAUUGUAUCAGCAUCUUGUGGGUUUUUUUAAAGCUGUAACCUGUCACUGGUAUAUUAUCUUCUGGGAGGGGUGUAGGAAGUGCAUAUGAGUUAAUUCGGUGUUGGAUUUCCAAAUACAAAAUGAAAGUUCCCAGAAUUGGAGUUAGAAGUAUUUAUAGCUUCAGUUUUGAGUGAAGCUAGCGUCGUAACUGUCGUAUCUGAUGUCAGAUCAUGAAGUCCUUUCCUUCUUGAAAAGGAGGUUUGCUCCUUUUUUCCUCUUUUUUUUUUUUUAUUUGAGAAAUUCUAGGAAAUGAACUUGAGAAAUAUCUUUGCAGUUAAUGUGCAGUUGUUCCUUCUGUUAGAGUACCUUAGUAAAUACCUACAAUGGAAGAACCCUGCUUUCUCUGAGGAUGGUUCAGCUCUUUUCUGUUUGAUAUUAUGCACUCAUAAAUUUACACUUAUCUAUUAAAAUUUGCCAUUUUAUUAAACACUGUUUUUCAUGCACAAUAGGUUUAAUUUUCUUAUGAACAGUCCAACUAAGUUUGUUUUAUUUUGCAGAGUCAAAGGUUGGCUAUGUGGGGUGACACCACGAGAUUACAAUAAAAAAACAUGCAUAUAUCUUUGGUUUGUGGGGCUAAACAUAUCCCGUUAACCUGGAAGACUGGCGUGCAGGUGGUGCACGCGACCUUCAGAAUGCUGCUUGGUGGAGGCUGGUGUUUCUACCUGCAGCGCAUUGUAAGGGUAGUCACUGUUUGAUGUGAGCGAAUUCCUGCAGUGUUGGGGUGAUUUGCCAUAGCAGGUGAAAUACUGAGCUUCCACUGAGCCCUCGUUUUGCCCUGGGAAGUGUGCACUAACAUUGAUAUAUCGGUUUCAGCAUCGGGGGGAAAAAUAACAGGAAAGUUUGCUGUUCAUAAACCUACGGUGUAUAGAGUAGGGCUAAAUGGAUUAGAUCCAUUUAUAAAGCUGUGUGAUGAUAUUUUUUUUUCCUAAAAACAACCAGGAACAACCAUUUGUAAUCCGGAUUCUCACAGUGAACAAAGUGGUUAUAGCUGCUGUCUCCAGCGGCUGGGAGCGCUUACUGGGGCAGGAAUACUAAGAGUACAUUGAAUGACUAUUUGGUGAAGUAAUUUUCCACAUGCUUUUUCCUUUAGCAUCCUGUUUUGUGUUGUACAAUUAAGCUACAAUUACAUCUACUAUUUUGGAUAACAUUCGUUGGUUAACAAUAAAGAGAUACAGUAAAUUUC